CUGCGAAGGGCGUGAGGAAUGACUUGAAAGGAUGAGUGUAUAUAAGGAGGGUGAGUUGACGGCCUUCAAGAGAACCAUCAGAAAGCAAAUCAACCAGCAAUCAGUCUACAGUCAACACUCGAGCUUCACAUAUCAUUAUCAACUUCAAUCAAUUUCCUCAAUCAAACAUCUACCACCAACAGCUUUUUACCAAAACCACAACUUCUCCUCGCGAUCCAAACAAAGCUCCAGCUUCGCAUCUCAAGCCCGUUGAUCUCCCAAAGACAAAUUCUUCCACAUAGCGAAACCCACAUCCACCAAAAUGUCUUCCCAGAGCAUGUCGUCUCCUAAGAACUCCUUCGACUCUGCCUCCACCACCAGCCUGCUCUCCACAUCUUCAUCGGAAAAGGCCACCACAUCCGAAUCAUCUGCGAAGAAGAUCUUCAAAGCCGUUGUUCAGCACGCCAAGGAACACCACCGGAGCGUCAAUGCUGCAUUUGAUAUCUAUUACGGUCCCGGACUCCGCAAUGCCAGGUACGCCGCACCUGCGAGGCGGACAUAAGGGAUGAGAGAAGUGGGAGUCGAGAUUGAUCAUUCGGGACAAGCAAUGGGGGCAUAUUUUGUGGGAGUUUCUUUUGAGCGGUGAUUUUGGCGCUGGAAGUGGGUACUCGGUCUGGGUUAAAGGAGGUGCAUCUGCUUGCGGGGCUCGGGGCAGAGUGGGAAGGAGUUUAUGAUUCUGGGGUCUUUUUGAUGAAUGAUAUGAUAGACUAAUAUAUUGGAAUCUCGCUAUA